AUGCCACUUGUGGAAUAUGAUAACAACGAUAUAAAGAACGAGCCCAGUACAUCGAAAGAAAAGAAAGCGUUAUCUUCGAAGACGGUUUCUAAGUAUAUCGAGGCACUCACCGACAAGAAAUUCGCAGUGAACGUUGCGGUGAAUGAAGCUUACAGAUCAAACUACGCAAAUGCAUAUGAUGGCCCCUGUCUAAUUAGGAAAAUCACCAUCGAUGGAAUUACCGUACAUGAAAGUAGCUUGACAUUGUUUGACACAGAGUCAUGGCGGUGGAAGAUUCAUGCAAGAUGUCUAUACAGUGUUGAGAAUGGAGUAGAAGGUUUUAAACCUUUCUCAUUCUCCAAGCUAGCUAUCUGUAAGUUAUGCAGGCUCGCACCCCACACGUGUUGAGAUUGUCAAGCCGAGCGUGAAUCGAUUUACAGCAAGGCUAUUAGAGAUGCUCGAUGUAUCGAAGGGGUGGGUGAAAUCAUCAUGCCACUCCAUGAGGGAAAUAUUACAGGGUCUUAUGUCACAGGGAAACCCGAUUCGGCCUUUAAGUCGCAGAGAUGAAUAUGAUGGUGGAAGAAGAGCUUCAUGUGAAAACAGUCACUAUUGGACAGGAGUUCCAGUCACUUGGUACUACGUAGUAACUUCAUUCUAUAAUAAAGUCAAAGGGCAUGCCUACUGAUUACCCGAUAGAUUGGAAUCUCUUAUACCUUAUAAUAACAAAGAAUCUUACGGUCAUCUGAGGUACAUCACCGAAUUCAUCGAUGGAAGAGAUGAAAGCUGCAUUGGAAUUUUCAGUUUCAAGUAUCGAUCCAAAGGUUCGACUUACAUAUAUGAUUCCUGGCACCAUAUUACCAGCUAAUAUAAUCCCUAGAAAUCCUCAAAUCAUUCCUUAUCAUAG